AUGCCCUAUCCCUCUCGCUGUGAUACCGGGGCCAAACAAAAGCCGCAGAGGUCAGAAAAAGGCGCGAUUUCUUUAAUGUUAUUAAAUAGAUAUUCAUUCUGCUCUUGA